CCACCCACCCCCCUCCCCUCCACAUUCAAUAGAUUUCACGAAGACGUCAUAAACGCGCUUGAAACCCAUUAAGCGGAUGUCGUUGAGUUGUAGUUGUAUCAGCAUUUUACAGUGCCUACGGAGGCAAUUCAUGCGAUGCUCCAAUGUAUGAACGUCACCCUUUCCGAGCUCAAGAGAUCUAACAAGACACUUGAGCUUGAUGAUCUUAAUGUAGAGUCCGCAUAUUUCCGUUUCUUUGAUGCAGUAGUCCCCAGGCAACUAGACCCCGUAUGGCACAAGGUCGGUCCACGGACGAAGCAACUUGUGAGUGACCUCGCAACUCUCAGACGUCUAUUAACGUACCUGCUGCCCUACGAUGCCCUCGCUUUCCACGCCUACCUUGAGUCUCUCGCAGCCUCAAAUACGACAACUGCUACGGGUGCAGCUAAUAAACACCAACCCCCUUGGAUGCCCACUGAUGCGGGCAACAUUAUUUUCAACACCGCGAAACGACAGCGUCAUGUCCUUACUGCUCCAAAACCCAAGGCGUCGAUUUUCGAGAGGCAAGUGGUUGACGUUGACGACGAAGAUGCAUGGACUGCCCUUGAAAAGGUACAUGGCAUAGUACGAACCAAUCGUGGAGAUAAAGGGAAGGAAAGGAAGAAACCAUGGGUUCCGGAUAGCGUGCCUCCCGUGCUCGAAGAACUUCCAAAGUCGGAUCUCCUUGCAGACGUACUUCAGGAAAUCGAAGAAGAGUUGAUGAGACGGAGGCAGUGUCGACUCUGGUUGGUGGAUGACUGCGAGGGUAUGGGUGAUGUUGGCCAACAACGAAACGACACCAGUUUUUCCAUGUUAUCAUCGACGAACUCCAAUAUAACUCAAGGAAACAAUCCUAAGUCCUAA